CCUGCCGACAGGUCACUGUAACUGCAGGCCAGCCAGGCCCACUGACUGCUCGACACAACAACACAAACGCCAUCUUUGGCUGACAGGGAAACUACUGAAGCAGAGUUGUGGAGCGAAACUAGGUCAGGCGCUCGGAAAACGAAAACACAGUCGAAAGAAAUAGCUUCAUGAGCUUCUAGUCAGUAUUUGCUAACUUCCCGACACACCGUGCUGUCCUAUGGUCCAAUGUGUUUGAUCGGUUGGCCAGCUAGAACGCAGUUUUCUUGUGUCGGUCCUGGGUUGACGUUGAGUGAUCGUCUUUUCUGACAAACAGCCGACGGAGGCGAAAGCCAGUAUGAAACGAGGUCUGCAAGGGAAUGAGCAGGAGGAUGGAGGUGGCACCAGCAGUGGGUCUCAGGAGACUCUUAAACGGUCCCGCAAGCAGAGGAGGGAGAAAGAUAUGGAGGAGGAGGGAGCCCGCUGGGAGUGUCUGCCACAGGAGAUCCUGUUCCACAUCUUCCAGUACCUGCCUCUACUGGAUAGGGCUUACGCUUCUCAGGUGUGCCGGGGAUGGCACCAGGCUUUUCACAUGCCAGAGCUCUGGCGGUGCUUUGAGUUUGAGUUGAACCAGCCAGCCAGCUCGUACCUGAAGGCCACACACCCAGAUCUCAUCAAACAGAUAAUCAAAAGGCACUCCAACCACCUGCAGUAUGUCAGUUUCAAGGUGGACAGCAGCAGAGAGUCUGCAGAGGCAGCGUGCGACAUCCUCUCUCAGCUCGUGAAUUGUUCUUUGAAAACACUGGGGCUCAUCUCCACAGCCAGGCCCAGCUUCAUGGAGCUGCCCAAGUCUCACUUUAUCUCAGCUCUGACAGUGGUUUUUGUCAACUCCAAAUCCCUGUCCUCCCUGAAGAUCGAUGACACGCCUGUGGAUGACCCCUCCCUCAAAGUCCUGGUGGCCAAUAACAGUGACACCCUCAAACUACUGAAAAUGAGCAGUUGCCCUCAUGUUUCGCCUGCAGGCAUCCUGUGUGUGGCUGAUCAGUGCCACGGCCUGAGAGAACUGGCUCUCAACUACCAUUUGCUGAGUGAUGAACUUCUCAUCGCACUCUCCUCGGAGAAGCACGUUCACCUCGAGCACCUUCGCAUCGACGUGAUUAGUGAGAAUCCUGGCCAACAGUUCCACACCAUCAAGAAGAGCAGCUGGGACGCCAUGGUGCGCCACUCUCCUAAAUUUAAUCUGGUCAUGUACUUCUUCCUCUAUGAGGAUGAGUUCGGCCCUUUCUUCCGCGAUGAAAUCCCUGUUACGCAUCUGUACUUCGGACGCUCCGUCAGUAAAGACGUGCUGGGCCGCGUCGGGCUCACCUGCCCGCGUCUGGUCGAGCUAGUGGUGUGCGCCAACGGGCUGCGCCCGCUGGAUGAGGAGCUGAUCCGCAUCGCCCAACGCUGCACGCAGCUGUCGGCCAUCGGCUUGGGCGAGUGCGAAGUGUCCUGCAGCGCUUUCGUGGAGUUUGUCAAAAUGUGUGGAGACAGACUGACACAGCUAUCCAUCAUGGAGGAGGUACUGGUUCCAGAUCACCGCUAUGGGCUGGAUGAUAUCCACUGGGAGGUGUCAAAGCAUUUGGGUCGUGUCUGGUUCCCAGACAUGAUGCCUACCUGGUAGAGCUCUGGGGAAAGAAGUUGUGUCCAAGUUUUUGUGAGUGUAUGAGUAUGUGUGUGUGUCACUUCGAGACCUACGUUUUCGCCCUUUCCCAGGCACCAUAUGUGGUUUUCUCCCUGAAUACGUGAAGAAAUUGCAUCACUUUUGGUUUCUAUGUGAUGAAACGUGUAACAUUGUUUUCCAACUCUGCCAUGCCAUGUAUACAAUUUUUAGAUUUAUAUCUAUAUUUUUUAUCUAAAUGUAUUUGUCUUGUCACUCAUAACAUUUAGCACAUUGUUCUCUGAGCCCUUCCUUAAGGGCAGACACUCUGCAGAUCGGUUAGGCGUAGUGUUUCAGGAGUAUUCAGGCGUGACGCUUUUCCAUGGGAAUUAUUGGGAAUGAAUGGGAAAUUGUGAGGAUUAUUGUAUGUGCACAGCCAGUCUUUACUGUAUUAUAUGCAGGCAGAAACAUAAACAUUUUGCCAUAUCAUGAGCGGGCAUGAGUACAAAUCCUCCUAAUAGAAAUUAUUUUACAGUUACAGAGUUUAAUUUCAGUAGUUACUUGACAUGCAGAUACAUUCAACAGAAUGUCAUCACCACACUGAAAGCAAAAAGUCUUUGAGGUCAGGCAGUGUGGUAAUUUAGAAAAUAGUCUUCAAGUAAAAAAAGCACAGAACAUGCAUUGGAUGGGGAUGAUCACCAUUUUAAGUCCUUAACUGUCAUGGAAGGUUUCUGAAUUGAAGCUUGUGGUUGAUCACAAAACUACGGUCAUAAGGAUUACAUGUUGAACAUGUUUUUGUCUGGUUGUGUCAUUUGCUCCUGCCUCAUAUCAUUGUGUCUCUAUUUGAUGUCUUUGAAUGUGUUCCUUAGUCACUUCGUCUCUUUUUUGUCCUCUGAUUUGAUAUGGUUAAAGCUAAAGACAGUUCAAUCUCCCUUUUUCUAAAAACAGCUGUUUGAGAAGGUGAUGCCCUUAUUUUACUUUGGUCAUAAUCAUCUUAGUCUGUAUAUACUGUGUGUGUAUAUAUAUAAGAGUGAUGUUUGAACAUAUUUUUGUGUCUAGUGUACAGUAGCUAUAUUUCUGCAUUGCCUGACCCAUGUUCCUAUUGUAAUUGUAAAUAUCAAAGUUAUAUUGCAAAACAAAUGGGAGGGAGAAAUUUUAGUCAUAUCUGUACAUUUAUUGAAUCCUACUGAUGCACUUUUACUCUAAUGAAGGAGCCAAGUUUAGCAAGAUGAGCUGCAAUGUCUUUAAAGCAUGAAAUUAACAGAUUUUGCAGCCAAAUGAUGGACAAUUUUGGCAGUGGUCAGUAAAUCUGGCAAUUCUAUGUGACCCUUGGUAGUUAACCUGCUGUUUAUGGAGUUAUUUUGUAUUCUUACAAAUAUUUUAGGAAAUAAUUUCUAAGAAAUUAAAUUGGCAGGUGGAAUUGUUUAUUGACAGUCACCAGACCAAACCUGCAUAACAGCACAAUCAUCCACCACACUAAUAGUCUACACAGUCAAUAGUUUUAAGAUAUAUUCUGGUUUAGUAUUUGUAAAACAUAUUUUUGAGGAAAGCUGCAAACAAAAUGGUCGCCCCGUGAGGAAGUCUCAAAUUGAUUGAUAGGUCUUUUAAUACAUGGGCAUAAUUGAAGCUAUUAAUUUUUUCUGAUGCUGUUAAAAGUUUAACAUCAGCAGUGUUUGUAAACACAGCAGAGAAAAGGCCCAUAUUUUCAAUUAUGAUCAGUUCACAAACACAAAAUAUAUCUUUUCUAUCUUCAAGUAAACAGUUUUUCUGUAUGUGUAUUUAGCUCAAAGUUAUAUGGUAAUAUAAUUACGGAUUGAUGAUUUAAAUGCUAGUACAGGGCUGCACAAUUAUGACCAUUGCUGUACUUUUUGCAAUAGGUUUCUGAGGCUAUCAUACAGAAACAACUGGCUGGCCUACAACAAGGAUAAGGUCAAUUUGUACAACUUAAAUUGAUAGUGGUCCUUUAUAUUUAAUCCUAUAUCAUCUUUAUCUGUUGCUUAUUUGGGUGUGGCAACUGUUCUUAUGUAGGCUAAUUGAUAAAAAUAUGAAAAUCAUGAUCUCAGUGAGGUAGUUGUCUGAAGACAGGACAGUGUGGCAGCUGAAUGUUGAUGUAACUGAAUGUGUAAGAAUGAAAUAUUUAUAUUUCACUAUUGUUUUGUUGCAAUAGAGUGAAAGAAUAAUAGUUGGAAGACGUGUUAAGGUGGACUUAUCAAGGAUGUUGUUGCACGUGCUCAAAGAUAACACCCUUGGACUGUGCAAUGAAAGAGACCUGUAAAUCAUUAUGUUCAGUUAAAAAUGGAUGAUUGUUUUACAGGAUUUGUAUUAAUCCUUUUUUGUGUAUUUUGUUUGCAAAUGUUAAUUGAAAAAAAAUUACUACUUCACAUUAAUGUUUCUUCCAAUAGGGUCCCACCAUGUCUUAAAUUUAUGUUUUCUGAAGGUCAGCCAGGCCUGCCAAUGGACUUCCUUUACUGACUUACAGUACAUUUUAUUGUGUAUUUAUAAAACCAUGCCAUCUGCUGGUUAAUAUUAACUGCAUUUGUAUUCAGUGCUUAUAGAUGAUUAUUGUAAUAUGAAAGGAUAGGCAGAGUAAGGGCUGCAGUUUUUUAUAGAGUGUACAGUGACAGUGGGUUCUUUUUAUUUUAGCUAAACAAGGCCGCAUUGUACUGAAAAGAUUUAUUGGAAAGUAACCUCUUGUACUUUUCCCAAAGAUAUGUAAUAUUUGAGUAAAGUUCUUAGCCACAUUAAAAAUGCCUGCUUGAAUAUGUA